AUGCAAUCAAGGUUGAAUCCGAGCAAGCACGACAUAGAGGCUUUAACCAUCAAUGAGCGGAAUCUUAGCCUAGGAGUAUAUGGUGGUGCAAACUUUGGAAGAGAAUGUAAUCUCCGCUCUCGCUCGGUAUUUGCAACUCUAAGUAAGAGCCUCAUACUCUUCCAAAUUCUACUGGCCCUUGUUUUGGAUGCAAAUAUGUGCAGUUUUGACUUCCCCAUGUCAGAAGCAUCAAAUACCUAUGGCGUCGAGGAUAGGCGCGCCCAUAACGACGAGCAGCCUCCCCCGGAACAGGAUACCGUUGGACCCACCAAGGAUUUAGAAUUGAACGAUGGGCCUUCUCAGUCAUCAGAACCUCACAAACAGGAAAGUAAUUUCAAAUAUUCACCAGAUGGUGGCUUAGCUUCUGAGGCGGAAAACGUUGCGGUUCAGAAGGACCAGCCAAAUCUAAGUGAAUUAUGUCCUCCAGGAUUCGGCAAUUGUUUUGAAGAGUGUCAAGGACCAUCGCUCUUGUUUCUGGGGGGUGUACAAAAGAGUUUAGGUGGAAUACGAUGCCAUGUUCUUCGAGCUAUGCAACGGCGACUUGAUAUCGUGUUGGUCUUCCACAUCUUUUAUCGUGGCGAUGGAGCCCAAUCCCCCAGCGACACUACGAAUCUCCUGCUCACACAACUCGAACAAAUCGGACUCAGAAACCUCACUGCAGCGGGCUCUGCAGCACCAGCAUCUACGUGGCUACCACCCACGUCAAUGAUAUGGAUCCAAAUCAUCGCAUAUGCAAGCUUGUCCACGAGCUUGCUCGCUGCUUUUGGGACCGUACUAGACAAGCAGUGGCUCAGGUACCACAAGUCGAAUAAAUAUGGCCGUGGCUCGCAGAAGGAGCGAGGAAAGCUCAGACAAGAGAAGUUCGACGGUCUCGUGAUGUUUUAA